AUGGACCCAACGAUUGCUGUUAUCGGAUCAGAUGAAUUUGGACUAAAUCGUACAACUGUUCCGGUGACUAUUCCAAACGAUAAUGUGGCCUAUCUCAUGUAUUAUCUUAAUUGUGUCUGUACCGUCAUUGACUGUAAAAAUGAUCCCGAUUUACAACGUCUCAUCUCGUUUAAAAAUUAUCAACAGUUAUCAGUAGAUGAGCAACGAGCACUGGUUGCUCUGUGUCGCAAGAUUAAUCCUAUUCUACUGAAAGACAGAGUUUUCUUUCAAAUCGAUGCCAUGUGUGUACAAUUCAACAAUGAAUUCUACGAUAUCAGUCUGGUACAAAAUCGACUUGUGGCUGCUGAGUCGAUUAUGAUUGCUGGGCGAAUACGCCGAGUAACAAAAAUCAUGUGUUACAAGAACAUAUGGUUGCAAACAUUCUACUACAACCCAAUGCAACGACUUACGGAUAGAUUUAGGAGCUCAACAGUAUCGCCUGUUACUUACACGCAACCAUCUACCAGCACACGACCUACAUACACACAACCAGUAACAGUGAAAAAUCACAGUUCAAAAUCUAAAUAUAUCAUUUGUGGUGUGUGUUGUUUUGUGCUUUGCAUUCUACCAACACUCAUUGGAAUUAUUGUUGGUGUUGUCAAUUACUCAAAGAAAUAG